AUGAGUGAACCCAUAGUGCAUCGAAAGCUAGUGAAGUUUCAGAAACUGGAUGGUAAAGCUGCGGAGGUCCAGGCUGUUUAUGAGGAUUCCCUCUCCUCUGGCUCCUCUGUAGGUACUGUAGUUGCGUUUCAUGGGUCUCCUGGAUCCCAUAAGGAUUUCAAAUUCAUCCGCCAGAGGUUGGAUGCAAUGGGCGUUAGGUUCAUAGGAAUCAAUUAUCCAGGAUUCAAGCAGACUGAAGGGUACGCUGGACAGGAUCACAGUAACGAGGAGCGUCAGAGCUACACAAAUGCAUUUCUGAAAGACAUGUCGCUUUCUGGAAAAGUGAUAUUUUUGGCGCAUAGUAGAGGAUGUGAGAAUGCGCUCAUGACGGCUACAACCUUUCCGGCUACCGGACUUGUGAUGAUGAAUCCAGUGGGCUUACGACUCCAUAAAUCCCUUCGUCCACUGUCAAGAUAUCAACGUCUUGAAUCUGUCUACAAUAUGCUCCCAAAGUUUCUAGGGGAUGCUAUGAUUUAUAAAAUGUAUCACUCAUUUGGUCUCAAAGUUCAAGAUGGUGAGGAGGCAAUCAAUGCUCUCCGUUCUGUAAUUCGCUGUGGGCUUGACAAAACUCUACCGUACAUUCAGAAACUACAGAAGCAAGAUACAAAGAACUUUAUUAUUUUCGCCGGGAGAGACAUCAUUGUGGAGGAGGAAAUUAUCUUUGAAUCGCUCAAAGAAUACAAAGAUUUGGAGCAUUUUGACUAUGAAUAUGAUAUCCCUUUCGAUGACUUUUCUAAAAUCCUGAAGACGUUCGAUUCAGGAAAAGGAGCAUCUGUAUUUGUGAAGAAGGAUAAGCAUUAUCAGAACAAGGCACGAGCUGAUUUGGUUGCAGAGGUGGUCAGAAAGAUUCUAGACUUGGAUGGUGUGAAGAAGAACAAGCUGUGA